ACACUGCCCGGAUCGCUUUGCGAGAAGAAGGGGCGGCUCCGGGCCGCGGGAAGCCCACCCAUGGUGUACUGCUGACAGAAGCCGCUCCAUGGAGAAGCGGAGGAUGGAGUGCCCGGCUCUGCCACCGGGCUGGAAGAAGGAGGAGGUCAUCAGGAAGUCCGGGCUGAGUGCGGGCAAGAGUGAUGUCUACUACUUCAGUCCAACCGGUAAGAAGUUCAGAAGCAAGCCUCAGUUGGCCAGGUACCUGGGGAACACUGUUGACCUCAGCAGUUUUGACUUCAGAACGGGAAAGAUGAUGCCCAGUAAAUUACAGAAGAACAAACAGAGACUAAGAAAUGACCCUCUCAAUCAAAAUAAGGGUAAACCUGACUUGAACACAACUUUGCCUAUUCGACAAACCGCGUCGAUUUUCAAGCAGCCCGUUACCAAAGUUACCAACCACCCCUGUAACAAAGUGAAGUCCGAUCCCCAACGAGUGAUCGAGCAGCCACGUCAGCUUUUCUGGGAGAAGAGGCUGGAGGGGCUGUCGGCGUCGGACACCGCAGAACAAGUCAUGAAACCGAUGGAGCUUCCCAAAGGCUUGCAAGGUGUUGGACCCGGUAAUAAUGACGAUACCCUCCUCGCAGCGAUUGCAAGCGCGUUGCACACAAGUUCUGCUCCGAUCACAGGCCAGCUCUCUGCCGCCGUGGAAAAGAACCCAGCCGUCUGGUUAAACACGACGCAGCCGCUCUGUAAAGCGUUUGUGGUCACGGAUGAGGAUAUCAGAAAGCAGGAAGAGCGGGUCCAACAUGUCCGAAAGAAACUCGAAGAAGCUUUAAUGGCUGACAUUUUGGCGCACACGGCCGAACCCUCAAACAGCACGAGCGUGGAUGUGGACAGCGGUAGCGAUUAGAGGCCUGAUCAGGUACGUCAAACAUUGGAAAACGGCGACAUUCACGGAAACAAAUCUUUGGCCUACGCUUCUAAACAAUGCACAUUUUAUAACUUUA